AUUUCAACAAUUUCUGGAAAUGCUUUCGGUACAAUCAGCCAGAUGCGACAAAUAGACCUCAGUUACAAUCGAAUUGUACAUAUACCGGCUGGGACAUUCAAAAACGUAGCGAAGUCGUUGCAAUGGAUGAAUCUUGAGGAGAACCAAUUGCAUCAGCUACCAAGCGCCAUUCAACAGUUGCGAACGCUCGAUAACAACACAAUCAGCAACCUAAAGCCAGCGCUAACGGAACUUCUUCUGGCAUUUAACCGCCUGACGGAGAUACCGACCCAUGCUCUCAACGGAAUGAGUCUUUUUUCAACAGAUUUUUCCGUUUUUCAAAACAAUCUUUUAUUAACGAAGCACAGCAGUCCCCAGUGCGAUAACAACCAACUCACGGAGUUCCCAAGCAGUGCUCUGGCCAAUCUGAGACGACUGCGCUAUUUGCUGCUGGACGAUAACCCGAUCAGAGCACUGCCUGAUUCAGCUAUUCAGAGCCUUACGCAUCUCGAACGAUUAAGCUUAGGUGGCACACAGCUCCAGCAAAUCACCGAACAAACAUUCGCUGCCGAAGUGGCACAAAAUUUACGCUCGUUGAACCUCGCAUUCGGUCAUAUCAAUUACAUUUCCAGUCGAGCAUUUAGCAAAAUGGACAGUCUGGAACAGCUGGCACUCAACAACAACAAACUGGCAAUUAUCCAUUCACAUACAUUUUCAUCGCUGAGGAGCCUGCGCCAGCUUAAUUUAGCGGACAAUGAAAUCAAUGCAACUGAAGAGCGAUCAAUCAGCGAUAUUCCAACCCUGAAGCACCUAUCUCUGGCCAGAAAUCGCCUUCGGUAUUUACGUAAGGCAACGUUUGUUAAUCUGAACAACUUGGAGCAGCUGGAUUUGAGUAGCAAUCAUCUGCAGGCAUUCGCCUUCACAUUCCUCGCACAGAGUUUGGUGAAUCUCAAACAACUCGAUCUGUCCCACAACCGCAUCAUCACAGUUGAUCUGAACGCCGCUAAGCGAACGCUUGUGUACCUCGACCUGGCACAUAAUCAAUUGCAAUCUAUCGGGAAGAACAUGUUCGAUGAUUUCAAUCAACUCAGAAUCCUCAAACUAGGCCACAAUGAAUUAAUCGAAGUGCAAAGUAAUGCCUUUUUGACGUGCCCGCAGCUCAGUGAACUUGAUUUAUCGCACAAUCAUCUCAGGAUAAUACACAAAGGGACUUUUGCUAACCAGAAAGCCUAUGAAAGCCUUAAACUGCGGCACAAUGUAAUAAUCAGUUUGGAUACGGAUACUUUUGGAGUUGAUAAUGUCCAGAAGCUUGAUCUUGCUUAUAAUGAACUUAAGAAAAUCCCACGGCAUGCAUUCAGUUCGGUGCGCAACAGCAUCACCGUUCUCGACCUCAGAGGCAAUCGAAUUCGCUCGAUUGAUACGAAUGAUUUCGAUGGAAUGGGUAAUUUAACAGAGUUGAUACUGGCUGAUAAUCACAUCGAAACAAUCGAGGAAGCGGCUUUUUCAAAAAUGCAGAAGCUGAUGAAACUGGAUCUCAGCCAUAACCCGAUCACGUCCUGGAAUCCACAUGCCUUUCAGGAUCUAAGCAGCACAAUCGAAGCAUUAAAUCUUGCAAGUACGGGUUUAUUUUCACUGCCGAGAAUAGAUAAUCGCGGGCUUCGCCAGCUUAACAUAAGCAACAACAAAAUUCAUGGGCUGAGCGCCGCAGAUUUUCUUCACCAUCGUAAACUAACAACGCUUGAUAUUUCACACAACAGCCUCAAGGAAAUCGACCCAGAAAUUUUUGUUGGGCUAGUGGAACUGAAGCAUCUGAACAUCUGUGGAAAUCUGAUUGUCAAAUUCACCGACAAACACCUUCAGGCCCUAUAUUACCUGGAAAUGCUGAACCUCUGUGACAUGAACAUGCUGCUUCGUCUCCCUGAACCACAUUCGUUUCGAAGCCUACGUCAUCUGCGAGAUCUUCACAUUUACAACCUUCCACGUGUGCAUGCUUACAACAUAUCGGAUAUCCUCAAGCAUCUGCCUCCACUGCGAACACUAACAGUGGAAAUCAGGGAGCCGCGGCUCAGGACACAACUGUACAGUGCUGAUCUCCGACUGCUGCGCAAAAUUGUUAUCACUGGCAAGCAGUUACUUAAAAUUGACACGGGCGCAUUCGCGCAUUUACGAGGCUAUAAAAUCGACCUAACAAUACGCGAUACGUCAAUCGAUGUGUUUCCCGCUGCUGUGUUCAAUACAUUAACCGCUGUUAGCUUUCUAUCACUGUCACUGCACAACAAUCGCCUACAAACGUUUGAACCAUUCCCGCACACAAAACCACCGGUACUCAACCAGCACGGUACCAUACUACACACUUUACACAUAACGGUUAAAUUUGCGGCAUUUUUCAUCUCACUGCUUGAGCAUCUGACUCGCGAAUACAGGCCUCACUACGAUGCAGAGGUUAGAGAAAAGCAGGAAGAGCAGUUAAAUUCGUUUGUUUGGCAAUUCGAAAACGCAUUCUGUAGUGUAAACGCAGCAGCGCAGGAGCAGCCCCUCAACGAGUCAUACUGUGCUGAUCAAGCAGGUGGAGGCUCAACACUCAACCAAGCAUACACGACAGCAAACCACAUUCUGUGUAAUAAAGAUAGUGCUACUGCGAGUCAUUCGUCGAUUCGAUUUUUUCCGAACCUUUUGUUAUUUUUUUCUUCACUGGCCUCAAAUUAUAUGUAUCAUCUUAGCUGUUUUUUGAAAAUAAAAUAACA